UGUCACUUAUGCCCGUAAUGACGCCAACGCGAAAUGUCGCGCAUCGCCGCGUUUGCGCGUAACCGGGGUGUGAUUCAUUAUCAUUGUCGGCUGAAUCGACACGAAAUUCAAUCUGUCAGCUGGAUUGCGAUCCCGAUCGCGCGGCACAGUUUGACAUUUCGGCGAAACCGAUGUGUUCCAUUCAUCUUCUGUAGGAUACGUUCGUAAUCGUAGUUAUUGUUUUCGUGACCCGUACGUCAUCGGCGACUCUUAUCAUGUUACGCGCUGACACGAACGAUGCUCCAUUUUUUUAAGAAGUUUGGACAAAGGGAUAAGCUGGGAUUGUUAGAAACUUCACCUACAAAAUCGACGAGUUCGGGAAACUUUCCGACAGAUGCAUUCAACAGUAGUGCAUCGUCCAUUCAAACACCCUCGGGUAUAUUAUGCAAUCUCGAGGAAGAAGAGGAGGAAGAAAUUCUCAAUAAUGAUUGUAAAGAAACAUAUACCUUCAGCUCUCGGUUGUCUAAAACUCUACCGGAAGUACUUAUGGACAAGAGUGCCCUUGGUUAUUUCAUUCAGUUUAUGGACACCAGAAGGCAUGUAGCUCUCAUAAAGUUCUGGCUAGAGGUGGAAUGCUUGUGCAGUGCAUCUAGCAUAUCCAGUGAAGAUACAGAAAAAGCUAGACACUCAAAUCAAAAGGAUUUAUUAGAAACUUUGCCUAAUUCCUUAGAUGAUAACGAAAACUUUAGUUGUAAUGUACUCCCUAAUAAUGUAGAUACUCAAACAUGCAGCAAAGUACCAUUUGAUGAGAAUAGCGAUAAUGUAACAUCCUUAUUAAAUGGUAUGCCAAAGACUAGUCACACGAUAAGUAAAGCACAACAAUCAAAUGAAGAUUGUGGCAGUAAGAGACACGACAUGACAACAACUAGACAGGAUGCUUUGAGAAUUUACAAGAAAUAUAUUCUCAAAGAAGCUCUGGGUAUAAGUCAAAUAUCUGAAGAAUUAAAGUUAGAGAUGGACAAAGCUGUCAUGCAGGAAAACAAUGAGCCUAUAUUACAGUGCCUAUCUGCUGUUCAAAGCAUAGUAUAUGAUAUACUAGAGAAAGAGUAUAUAAACGAUUUUUUACGAAGUCAAUUUCAUUGUAAACAUCAAAUUGAUGUGCUCACCAGUGGCGAUGUACAGUUAGCAGAUAUAUUGUAUAAUGAGACAGCAUUCUUUUACUUCAUGGAGUUUAUGGAACUUGAAAAUAAGCGAGAACUGCUGGAUUUUUGGAUGUCAGCUAUAAGUUACAAACAGAAUCUCUUGGAGAAGAAAGGUGCAGCCGAUCCCGAAGAAGCACAGUCUGAUGCCGUUAUUAUUUAUGAGAAGUAUUUUAGCUUACAAGCAACUAUGCCCCUCGGAUUUAGCGAUAAAAUUCGCUUUCUUGUAGAACAGAACAUUUGUCGCGAAGGCGAGGAGGGCACACAGCCCGAUUGUUUCGAUAAACCCAAUAAAAUUGUGUAUAAUUUUCUCAACAAGCAUUAUCUCCCGGCGUUCUUAUCUUCACAACUGUAUUAUAAAUACUUAUCGGAGCUAAUCAGCACAAUUCAGAGCAGCCCGUGUCCGAGUUUACAUUUCAAGAUAAGGAGAACAGGUUCAGAUUGUAGUAGUGAAGUGAGCUCUAUAUGCACUAGUAUGCCAAGCACUUCUCAAAUAGGAAGCAAUGGCAGUAGAUUACCUAAUAAUAAAAAAAACAUUAAGAAUAACCUGAAUAUUGACACCAGGCAACUUUAUGAUCCAGAUUCCUUAUGGCGGCGCAAUAAAUAUAGUUUAAACAUUGGUUACGUUGACAACUUAGGCAGAUUUAUUACCGAAAUAGAGCCAGAUCCUUAUAGAAAAUAUGAAUCUCGUCUAACUCGUGUCGUAAAACGAUUUGUAAAUAUAGAACAAGAUAAGGCUAAAGAAGAUUUAGCAUGGAAAAUUGCUGAGAUGAUCGUUCGUGAAAUCACAUCUUUGACACUUGGAGCUUCGAAUCUUCCCUCUUGAUGGUGCAAAUUUGACAUGACAAUUUUAAGAUCUUAAGUUUUCCUUAAGUAUAAAAUAUUUUGUAUUAUGUAUAGGUAUGUUCUCUUUGUUUUAAAUAUUAGUGAAAUAAUGCUGCAAAUUUUGCCAAAGUGCCAAACAAAUGAUCAAUAUAAAUAAAUGUUUUUAAUUAAUCAAUUUUUUAACAUACAACAUAUUUUAAAAAGAAAGUACAGAUAGUAUUGUGGAGAGAAAUGUCUCCUAUGUCUUUGUUUUAUACUUUUAUAUUUCAAGAUUUGUUGCCAAAUAUAUUUUAUAAUCAGUAAAAAAUAAAUUAAACAAUCGAUGAUUUCACUUGAAUUUAUUAUUAAUGUAAAUAACUUUAUUACAAGUGAAAUAUAUAUACAUACAAUUUGUUUCUAUAAAAAAAAUUUAGGAAGAUGUAAGCAGCAUAAUUUCUAAUAUUUUUCAUGGCUAUUAAGAGAGAGAGAAUUUUCCUAUUUUUUAAUUUGUUAUAAAAUACUCAAUAAGCAGAGAACAAUAAUUUGAUAUAUAUACAAUUUCUUCAUCAUUCCAAAUUUUCUUUUCUGUCAUUUCUGUCUAUCAAAAUAACUUUUUUUGUGAAAAAAAGAAUUAUUUAUUGUUUGAUGAAAUAAUCUCAAGAAAUGUUAAAAUUUAUACAUAUCUCAUGAAAUAAUUUAAGUUAUUCAUUUUCUAAUCUCUUUGAUUCUAUUCUAAAAAUUUUAUUAAUUCUUAUUUUUAAUUAUUUUGUACUUGUAUAUAUGAUUUAGUAAUAUCGUUUGCACAUUAAUGUUCUCGCUUCUAAUGACUAAUGUAGAAAUUGACAAAUUUUUAAAAUAUAAGAUUUGUAUUUUUUUUUCAUUGCUAAUUUAUACAAUGAUAUAUUUGUGUUAAAACAUAAUAAUGAUAUAUUUGUAUAUACAAUGAUACAUGUGUGGCCGCCGUUGAUCGUGAUAUUAUGAUAUAGAAAAAGAUAUAUUUUAACACUGUAUUUAGUAUAUAACAUAAUAUUUAAGUACAAAAUGUUAUUAAAUAAUGAGAUCCCUAUUAUAUAUAUAUAUACUCUA